AUGGAUCAGCACAGCAUAUCGCAGAUGCAAAACACACUGCGUGCCAACAUGACACCAGAGAUGCGCGAAAGCAUGGCGUCAAUGCUGCAAUCGGCGCUUCAAGGCGGUGACGGCAUGCCGGGCGGCUCUGUCGGCAUGAUGGCGUUCGGCAUGGGCGAAAAUGAGAAGGGGAAGAAGGUGGCUCGGGCUGCAAAAGUGUACUACGACCUCAAGACGGGCAAGGUCGACAAGGAUUUUGUUGAGAAGGAGCUGGAGCCGGAUGACCUCAGUCUGCCGAAGGAGACGGUGGAGGACUACAGCACCGAGGGCGCCUUGGAGGUUGAGUUCGUCGAGGAUCAGGGGAAGGUUGAUGCCUGCGCUGGCAAAGCAGAGACCAUCUCUGCAGCUGAGAUCGAAGUGGAGCCGACGAACACCACGCUGUAG